GCUUAGUUCCGGGUUUCUUUCGCGCGCGGAGUUGAUCACAGUCCACCAGAGCGUCUUGAGCCUACCACGCGAGGACCUUCAAAGAGAACAGGAUGCCUGGAAUUCUACUCGGUGACGAGUUUCCCAAUUUCGAGGCCGACACCACCAUCGGCCGGAUUAAGUUUCACGAUUUCCUGGACAAAUCAUGGGGCAUCCUGUUCUCCCACCCGAAGGACUUCACCCCCGUGUGCACCACCGAGCUGGCUUGCGCCGCCAGCCUCAGCGACAAGUUCGCCAAGCGCGGCGUCAAGAUGAUCGCCUUGUCCGUCGACAGUGUGGAGGAUCACUGCGGAUGGAGCAAGGACGUGAUGGCCUUCAACAGUCAGGCGUCGAGUCCUCUGCCCUUCCCCAUCAUCGCUGACGAGAAGAGGCAGCUGGCCACCAAGCUGGGAAUGCUGGACCCCGACGAGAUCGACGUCGACGGCAUCCCUGUCACCGCUCGCUGUGUGUUUGUGAUCGGACCCGACAAUAGACUGAAGCUGUCCAUCCUCUACCCGGCCACCACGGGGAGGAACUUUGACGAGCUGCUACGUGUGAUCGACUCGCUGCAGCUGACGGCGCAGAAGAAGGUUGCCACGCCCGUCAACUGGAAGCCCGGAGACAAAGUCAUGGUGCUUCCCAACGUCUCCGACGCCGACGCGGCUACGCUUUUUCCCAACGGCGUGACCAAUAAAGAGGUGCCUUCCGGGAAAAAAUAUCUGCGCUACACUCAGCUCUGAAGAUUUUCAGCCCUUCUCGACUCACAAUACAAGUAAAAAAAUAGUAAAAAUAGUGCACAGUAACAAUAAACACAAGAUUUAGUG